AUCGGUCAUCGUGUAACUGCGCUUCGUCUCCAAAUGUCAUCCGACAGCGACAUGACCAUCACCAUCAUCCAAGAACGCAAUUUCUCGGAUAAUUAGAUCGCGAUGCUGGGGGGCUGUCCUUAAUGAAAGUAUUCUUUACCACACCAUGGCGACGGUACGCUCGACAGUCUCUCGCGCACUCCAGGCCCCCCUACGCUGCCGUGUGUCCUGGCAGCAGUCUGCGCCGUUACGAUGCUUCUCAUCCGCCCCCGACAACGUCCGCGCUCUCAUGCUCUCGCGGCCAGACAAGCACAUAGACGACUACCUGUACCCACAGAACUCGCAUCUCCUCACUACCCUGCUCAACGAUCUUCUCCCAGGCACAAUUGAGUCCUCUUCACCGCUUAUCACCCGACCUACCACUGGCAAACUACCACCCGGAGCUCACAAUGUGUAUUUUCCCCUGCAGACCCGCACCUCCCUGCUCGCAUGCGACGGCGCAGACGCAGACCAUGUCCCGCCCGCGUUCAAGCUGGCUACGCCCGAGGAUCCCAUGGGUGGGAGACGGCUCUGGGGCGGAGGAAGGGUCGACUUCUUGAGGGACAUGCACCUCGACGGGGAGAGGGCGUCAUGCACAGAACGCAUAGCGGAUGUCAGAGUCAAGGACGGGGGCAAUGUCUGGGUCGAUUUGGAGAGGAGGUAUGGGCAUCACGAGCACGGUCAGCGGGAACCUAGCAUCUUGGAGCGGAGGACGUUGAUCUUUGUUGACAAGGUGGAUGAGACGCCUAGGCGGAAGAUGAAAAGUCCAACCCAACCAACAGCGACGUACCAGUUCACGCCUACCGCUACCCACCUCUUCACAUUCUCUGCUCUGACCCAGAACGCGCAUUUCAUCCACCUCGACAGGAAGAAUGCGCUGGUUCACGGUCCGUUGAUGCAGUGCAUUAUGCUACGCGCACUAGGCCGCCACGGAGACGUCGCGUCACUGGAGUACAGGAACCUCGCGCCUUUAAUGGUGGGCGAGGUGGACGCUGGGGUUUGCGUGAAAAAGGGCAAAGACAGCUGGGACGUUUGGAUAGAGGACGGCCAAGGGGGGAUGGUCGCGCGAGGAAAGGCUCAGAUGAAAUGAGCAGAGGCUUAAUUGAAACAUAAUGAUGACAUGUGAAUGUCCCAGGGA